AUGGCCAAGGGGGCCCCUGGGGGGCACCUUUGUGUGGGGGCCCCCUUGGGGCCUCUACUGCGUCUCUCUCUUCUCCCUGGGGCCUCUCUCACCCUGUCCAGUCCCCUGUUGUCUCCUCUUCCUCCUUUUGUCUCCUUGAAAUACUCGGGGGGCCCCUGGGGGCCCCCGGGGCCCCCAGCGAACGCAGCGGGUGGGCUGUGCGGCCGCAGGGGGGCCCCGCCAGCCCCAAAGCAUACUGCAUGCGCCUUCAGCACAUACAGCGCCGCCAGGAGAAGGCAAAACAAAAUAAAUGAGGAGACAGAAGAGGAGACGCUGCCGCCCCUCCACCUAGACGCUCUCAGGCGCGAUAUCGAGGAGUAUCUUCUCCCCAGCAGCAGCAGCAGCAGCAGCAACAGCAGCAGCAGCAGCAGCAGCAGCAGCAGCAGCAGCAGCAGCAACGUCCACAGAAGAAAAGCAGCUGAGCGUCGGCUCUUUGACUAUAUACCGCUGCUGACCUCAUCCAGGCUGCAGCAGCUUCCCGCUGCAGACGUGCUGCUGCUGCUGCGUGUAUAUAGUAGGCUGCUGCCUGCUGCUGCCCCCCCCACUCCAGCUGCACCAGCUGCAGCAGCUGCAGCAGGAGUAGGAGAAUCUGUAUGCAGCAGCAGCAGCAGCAGCAGCAGCAGUGGAGACGAUACAACUGCAGCAGCAGCAAACGGAGACACCAUCUGUCUCCUCCUUCACCGGGGGGCCCUCGCUGUGCUGAGCCGCCCGCUGGACUUUAUGCUGCCCUCUCAGCUCCCCUGCCUCGUGGCUGUCUCCUCCUCGCUGCCCCCCCUGGCUGUCCCCCUUGACUUCUGGCGCUGUCUCCUCCGCCGGGCUGCAGACGUAGCGCGCCAGCUGUCUCCUUCAGCUGCUGCUCAGCUGCUGCUGGGCCUCGCUUCUCUACCCAAGCUGCAAGAGGAUGUGGGGUUUCAGCGCGCAGUGUCUGCUGUCUGCUACCGCUUGGCAGCAGCACCCGAGUCUCUGCUGCAGCGGGGCUGUCUCCUGCAUGCACUGGAAGCACUACGGCUGCUGCAGCAGCAGCACACGCCCCUACUGACGGAGAUAGCUCGCGCGCUGCAGAGCCGUAUGGGGUCGGGGGCCCCCAAUGGGGGGCCCCCCCGGGGAGCAGCCUCACGCAAGGAUGUGGAGGCCGCAGCAGGGGGGCCCCCAGAAGGUCUUGACCGUACCCCUGUGCAUGCAGGGGGCCCCGGGGGCCCCUACUCCUGCAGCCAAGGCCCAGGAGAGAGAGGAGACAAGACGCUGGUGGUGGCGGCUCUGAGCUGUUUUGCUGCUGCGAGAGCAACAGACUUUCAGGCUUUGUUCCGGGGCCUUGCGGACAGUAUAGUGGGGCAGCAGCAGCAGCAACAGGAGAUAGUUAUGUGGUGGUAUUGGCUGCAGCAGCAGCAGCAGCAGCAGCAGCAGCAGCAACAGGAGAGAGUUAUGUGGUGGUACUGGCUGACUGUGCAGGCUGCGGAGACACUCAGCUUGCGGGAGACAGCUGCAGUGCUGGCGGCGCUGGGCGUCCUCAACUGCUACCCCGAGAAGCUCCUCGCCCGUCUCCUCCCCCACGCAGCUAGCUUGCUAGCAGCGCAGCAGGCUGUAGUUUCAGGGGACGAGGGGGAGGCUCCGACAGCAGCAGCAGCAGCAGCAGCAGCAGCAGCAGCGCCUGCUGCUGCUGCUGCUGUUAUAAAGGAUACGCUGCGUAUAUUGCGGUCCCUUGGGCAGCUGCAGAAGCGGGACCCCGCUGUGCUGCAGCAGGUGGCUACUCUCCUGGCGAGCGCAGCUGAACUGAAGCUGCUCUCUCUGAGAGACUGCGCAGCCGCGCUGUAUGAGUGCUACCGCCUCGACCUCUGGCACCCCCCGCUAGGAGAGAAGUUGCUGGCCUGUCUCCGGGCCCACCACCGCCCUUGCAUCUCUCAGCUGCAAACAGUUGAGCUGGCCCUGAGGGCUGGGCACUUGCCCUUCAGGGCCCAGUCUCUCAGCGCAGCAGCAAGAGAUGUGCUGCAGCGCGCGCAGCUAACAAAGACAGAGCCAGAGGCCCCCUCCACCUCUGCGCUGCAGGAGGCUGUCUCUGUGGGGCCCUACACUGUAGACUUUGCUCAGCCCCUUACAGGAGAGGAGCUGCAUGCGCAGCAGCAGCAGCGGCAGCUGGACCCCAAGGCGUCGCUAGUAGGCGACGAUGGUCUCUGGUCUCCCUCAGCUGCUGAGGAGCUCAGGGCGAAGGCAGUGGUAGUGGAGGUGGACGGCCCGCAGCACUUCUACAGAGAGUCCCUGCACUGGAACUCUUCCUCCAAACUAAAACACAGAAUACUGACGCGGUUAGUCACCAGCUCUGCUGCAGCAGAGCUCUCCAUAGAGCUACCAGGGCCCCUCGCAGCUUGCUGCUAUAGAGAGACAGCCAGAGAGAGACAGACGGAGACAAGCAAGCAUAAACAAACAAAAACAGAGAAGAGGACGGCAACAGGGGUGGGGGGCUUUCGUGUUGCUCAUAUUCCUUACUACGAUGUAUUGCCCCUUAAGAGGGUGAGAGAGCUUCGGGCUUAUGUUAGCCAAGCUGUUGCGCAUGCAUUACAGCAAGAGGCAAACUCUACCUUGGACCCUCCUGAGGUGUAUCUACACAGCCAGGGGGGUGUUGGUUGCGAGCCAGCUCUCCGCGUGUUGCUAGAAGGUGAGGGGCCCCUGGGGGCCCCUGCCUCUGUACCCAGUGAGAGGGGCUCUGCACAGACACCAGGGGAGGGGGCCCCCAACGCCCAGGGGGGGUACGGGGGGCCCCCACAGCUAACAGAUGCUUUGCUUCAGCAGAGAGAGACAGAGAGAGAGACAGAGAGAGAGACAGAGAGGGAGACAGAGACAGAGAGAGAGACAGAGAGAGACAGAGAGAGACAGAGACAAAGACAGAGAGACAGAGACAAAGACAGAGAGACAGAAAGAGAGAGAGACAGAGAGAGACAGAGAGAGAGAGAGGGAGUUGUAGAGACAGGUAAAGAGAAAAGUAAUUGGGGAGGAGACAUAAAAACACAAAGGAGACAGAGAAAGGAGACAGAGAAAGGAGACAGAGAAAGGAGACAGAGAAAGGAGACAGAAGAAGGAGACAGAAGGAGACAAAAGAGGGAGACAAAAGGAGACAUAAGAAGGAGACAAAAGGAGACAGAAGACGGAGACAGAAAGGAGACAGAAGGAGACAGAAAGGAGACAGAAGAGGAGACAAAAGGAGACAGAAGGAGACAAAAGGAGACAAAUGGAGACGGGAGACAAAUGGAGACGGGAGACAAAAGGAGACAGGAGACAAAAGGAGACAGGAGACAAAAGGAGACACAAGAAGGAGACACAAGGAGACAGAAGGAACCAUACGAAGGAGACAAAAGGAGACAACAGAAGGAGACAAAGGGAGACAUAAGAAGGAGACAAAAGGAGACAAAAGGAGACAGAAGCAGACAAAAGGAGACAGAAGAAGGAGCCAAAAGGAGACAGAAAGGGGACAGAAGAAGGAGACAAAAGGAGACAAAAGGAGACAGCAGAAGGAGACAGAAGAAGGAGACAAAACGAUACAGAAGAAGGAGACAGAAGAAGGAGACAGAAAAAGGAGCCAUACAAAGGAGACAAAAGGAGACAGAAAAAGGAGACAAAAGGAGACAGAAAAAGGAGACAAAAGGAGACAGAAAAAGGAGACAGCAGGAGCCAUACAAAGGAGACAGCAGGAGCCAUACAAAGGAGACAAAAGGAGACAAAAAAAGGAGACAGAAAAAGGAGACACUCUCAGGAGACAGCAACAAAUGCUUCUGUGGCCGCAGCAGCAGCACCCGCAAAGCCAGCAGCGUUAAGCUUGCAGCACCAGCAACAGCAGCAACUAGAGCGGUAACAGCAGCAGCAGCAGCAGCAGCAGCAGCAGCAGCAACAGCAGCAAAACUACAGCACCAGCAGCAGCAGCCGCAACACAACAAGGAGCAGCAGCUACAGAAGCUACACUCGAAGCAGCAGACACUCAAAAAGCGGAGAGAUGCAGGCAACACAGACCCUGCAGGAGGAGCCAACGGAGAAGCCGAAGCAACAGCAGCCAGGGAAACAUAA